GGCAAGCCCUGGCCGCAAAUGCGCGCGAUGCCCUGACGAGCCGUUUCCGAAAUCACCAAUCACACGCGAACUGGGCCGUUUUUGCAACCUGCUGCAUCCGCCAUGUCAAUACUGCUGGCUGAUGGCUGUGCCGGCUCCGACUGGCCCGCCACUGAACGCCUCGCUAGCUCGGCCCCGCCCUCGCCAAACGCUGCAGGCGCCAGGCGCCAGCAGCGGAACAGCGCUGCCCCUAGCAUCAUCAUCUAGCAAUUCAUUGCUAGCUGGCGCGCUGCUGGCGCGGCAUUCCCCCCCCGCCCCGCUACAGCCGCUGCGCCCGCUACGCCUGCUGAUCCUCAGGCACCGCGUGCUUGCUUACCGGGUACAACCGCGGCCGCGUGCGCAACCGCACGCACUGCCCUCCUCCGCCACUCUACCGCCACCGCCGCCGCCCCACCGCCCCGCUGCCCCCAGUCUCCUCCGCGGUGCGCGCAUCGUCAGGGUCACGCCGGCAGGAGCCGUAGCUGCAGCGCCAGCCACGACAAAAGCUACAGGCGCGACAGGAGCUACAGCCGCACAGAGGGCCGCGGCGCUUCACACUUACAGCCUGGGCCCUGGGGAGGCCCUCGCGGAGCGCAACUUCCAAAACCACUUCGGCCUGAACUAACUCGGCGAGUUCACACUACUCACCGGACCUUGCUCACCGACUUCAGGCCGAGGCGGUGGCUGAAGCUGCGCUUAACGAGCGCCUCCAGGAGCUGAAGGCGGAUGCCGAGAGCCUGGUGGAGGCGGUGGCUGAAGCUGCGCUCAGCGAGCGCCUCCACCAGGCUCUCGGCAUCCGCUUCCAGCUCCUUGAGAGCCGCCUGCAGCGGUGUUUGAGGCAGGGGGGCGGGUGGAGCGAGCGAGGGGAAGCGGGGGGCCAGGCAAUGUUGUCGGGAGAGGUUGGCUGCGGCGUGCGGGCACAACCGCAUCUGAACAGCAGCAGACUCAGCGCACAAUGCAAAGAAGGCAUCACAAACAUCAACGCAUCCUAUCAUAUAUCUCCUAAAACCGUUUGUUUGCAAGCUGCGCUUUGUGCGUGGCCCCCGCCGUCGCGCGCUGACCGUAUGUGGUCCUCCACUGCACGAGGAGGCGAAGGCCCAGCAGAUGCUGGCGCACAACGUGCCGCGGCACGUGUUGGCCGACAGCUUAAUCGGCACGUUGUGCGCCAGCAUCUGGAUGGGCCUUCGCCGCCUCGUGCAGCUCGAGGGCCUCCAUGGCGGCCUUUUGCAGGGCCACCAUGUUGCGGACUCCGACCAGUAUUUGAGGCUCGUUCCUCAAGCAGGACUCAAAGAACCCGAUCAGCUUGUCGAGCACGACAAGGUGAUCGUGUUUUCUUAGUCCUGCACGAGGAAGGAGCCCCAGAUGAUGGACGGAGUCCGCAGCCUGGUGGCACUGCAGAAAGUGUGUGCGAUGGGACAAUGUCAAGGCAGGUGCCACUCCCCGCCUAGGCUGAUGGAGUCCAGAGGGCCCCAAAACCUGGGGAGUGGGGGGGAGGCUGAAACCACCGGAACAUUUGUCCCCAGUGACGUGCGGUGUAGCAAAUUGUCAUGAACAAUUGUGCGCUCUAGCAUUUUGACUCACCCGGGUGCCACUUCGCAAGUCCGUGGCAUGAGAAACUCGUU